AUUUCCUCUUUGAGUCACGUGACUGAUUCUGAAGAUGAUACUUUUGGAACAAUGACAAAUAUCUAAAUUGUUUACGUGCUGUGGAGUGGAACGGCCUAACGGUGCAGCAGUUUAAAGAAUAUCACAAUAUCACAAUCUAUAAUCAUGUAAUACAGCGUGUGACUUUUUUGCGGGAAACAUAAUCUGAGGUGUUCUACCAAGAGGGAAAGCAACGAAAAUGGCGUCUUCAAGAAAUGUGAAGCAACCUCCUGGGGCUGGCAUGUUUGAUCCAGCGAGUAAACUGCAAUCAAACACACUCAAGAGACACCCCAAAAUGGAUUUGAAUAAGGCAGAUUUGCUGAGAUUACUCAGUUAUUUGGAAGGAGAACUUCAAGCUCGGGAUAUAGUCAUUGCUACGAUGAAGGCUGAAAAGGCAAAACAGCUGCUGUAUCAGGCCAAAUAUGGCAGAUUUGGUCUUGGGGAUCCGUUUUCUGCAUUACAAAGAGAUUCUGACAACUUGAAAGACAACUCGUUUGACGAGACAGCCAUCAAGUCCAUGUACGACAACCAGCUGGCUCAGCUAGAGAAUCUGAUCGCCACCCAGAGAAAAGCUCAGCUCAAAAUGAGAGAGCAGCUUUCUGCUGCCGAAAAACGAUAUCAUAAGGUGUGUAAUGAGUUGGAAGAUGAGAAGAGGAAACAUGCUCAGGACACCGCCCAGGGAGAUGAUGUCACAUACAUGUUGGAGAAAGAGAGGGAGAGAUUAAAACAAGAGAUUGAGUAUGAGAAAAGCCAGAACAAGAAACUGGAAAAGGAUCUCAAGAAGACUUUAGCAAGUCUGGAGGAAGAACGAGCAAACUCCAUCAAACACAAACAGGUGGCUGUAAUGUUGAUCAAAGAACAGAAGAAACUGAUCGAAAAGUUGGUCAAAGACCGGGGAAGGAUCCAGAAACUAGAACAGCAGCUGCAGGAGGAGCAAGAGAAGACGAGCAAUGUGGUGGAGGGACUGGUGAUAGAGAGCAAGAAAUCACUCAAAAUGGAGGCGGUGAUGGAAAAACAGAUGAGUGACUUUGACGUGGAGAGAGAACAGCUGAGAGGGAAGCUAGGUCGGGAGGAGGCCAAGAACCGGGAAUUAUCCAAUCAAGUAGAAGCCUUGCAGCAUCAGGUGGACCUGCUGCAGAAACAGGUGGCACUGGAGAAAGUCACGUCCGGCAAAGACAGUUUUCAAAGCAUUGAGAUUAAGUCAACAGUCAAAACACCAGAAAGGGGAGCUAGUAAUAUGGCUGUUGUCAGUCCUAACAUUGGACAGCUUCCAGCCAAGAUGGGGAGACACAGUGAGGGGAAUCUGAAAGUGUCAGACGUGUCUGACAAAAGUCGUGUAGUGGAGUCUGCUAUUCAGAAAGGUGUGCGCUACAGUCAUUCUCCGGAGAGAGGGAUGCCAGAGGGCUAUAGAACAGACUCCCAAGAAAUGAGGGUAGUGGCCACAGAGCCUGUGUCUAUUGAUAGAAACAUGGACAUGUACCGUGGAGGAGGGAGGUUGGGGCCACAGUCUGGGUCCACAGCUGUGCUGAGUUCUGGAGGAGGCAAGGUACUGACAGUCAAUGUGGGACACUCGAGUUCUCCUUCAUCUCCUGUCAACAUGUCACCGAGGAAAGUGGCAGUCCCAGGGAGGGGGACCCCACCCCCACUACCCCCCAACAAGCCGAGUCUAUCUUCACCGGUCACUGCCAGUCCUGUCAGUAAAGUGAUCACCCCAGUGUCCCAGGCAGGGUCCCCACGGGGAGUACACAUACCAGUCAGUGUUGUGCAUAGCUCUGGAACUGUUACCCCUACCCGGGCGCCGCAAGGGGAAGGGAAGGCCACACCUAUUCGGAAGCCUACUCAGCCCCAAGUAAACAGCAAUAAUGACUCCACCCCCAAUGAUCAUGUGACUUUGACUGACACCUCUGAGCCUUCUAAUGAAACUCUGGAGUUCUUUGGUUCUGAAAUGGCUGACCUGCAAAAUCUGCUUACUUCCAUUAUGGCAGGGCUAAGCGGAUCCUCGUCUGAUGGAAUUGAUUCGGAUAAUUCACUACAUAUAGACGGCGCCCCCUCCCUCCCUGCUGAUGUGCUUUCCUCGCCUGUUCAUAAAUUUGCUGCCAACGGAAAUUUUUCAUCUCUACAGAAAUUAAUUACAGACACCAACGCUGACGUCAACCUCCCCCUCACUGAUGGAUCCACCCCACUCAUAUACGCGGCCAAAUAUGGUCAUGAAGACUGUGUACAGCUGCUGUUGGACAGUGGAGCCAGUGUGAGCAGCUCCAGUGACAGUAGAUACAGCGCCACACACGCAGCCUCUGCGAAUGGUCAUGACAGCUGUCUGAAGCUGCUCCUGGACAAGGGAGCUAACCCUGAGGUGGGGGAUGGUCAGAACUGGACCCCCCUCCACCUGGCUGCCACCAGUGGACACACCUCCUGCUGCCGACUCUUGCUGGAGCAUGGAGCCAGACUCAAUGUCUGCUCCACCACUACAUGGACACCCUUGCACAGUGUUGUCCAUGCUGACCAAUCAGAAUGUCUAGAGUUCCUUUUGAACUUUCACUCCCGGUUACCACAGCAACCAGGUCACGUGACUAUACAGGAACUGGUGGAGAUCUCAGACAGUGAUGGAUGGACAGUUAUACAUGUUGCUGCCUCUAAAAGUUCUACAGAUUGUCUCUCGGUCCUCAGUAAAUACUGCAACAUUGACAUCAAGAAGACAGACAGAUGGAGGAGAAGUGUUGCUGAUGUAGCCACACCUAUUUGCAAUCAAUUUUUGUCUCAAUUAGGUAGCUCUAGUGUACAGGUCCCUGUGAUGAUUGAGUUAAGUUACGCACGUCUAUCAGGGACAGACAACUCUAUCCAUGUUCCGGGCCGCUCGUUUGUGGUGGGGUCGGUCCAGCUGACCUCUUCCACAGGCUGGAUGGAGCUGGAAGGCAUUCUCCAGUCCGUGUUAACCAACUUCUUCCAUCAGCUAGACACUGGCCUCAAAACCAAGAAAACGAGUCGGCUCGACCCCGAGAUAGCUAUUGACUCAGCCCAGUACAGCCUGGGACUGGGACCUAAGGCCAUCCAACACUACUCUAUAGGAUCGUAUCACUGGGUAGCUGGACUUCAUUCAGUAGAUAAUCUUCCUUACGACAUUUUGUGCAAUAAUCAGUCUCAGUCAAUUGGGAUUGUUUUAGAAGGUAAUCUGGACACUGUCUCCUGUGACGUAUUGUUGGCAGUUCCUGUCCUACAGAAUUACCUCAGACUGUUGGAGCAUUACAAGAGUGUUGUGUUCUAUGGACCUGAGGCCACAGGGAAGACCUACCUGGCCCACAGAAUGGCUCAUUUUGUGGCAAAGAAGGAGCAGAAGGAAGGGAGUAGGACCAGCAUACACUCUGUGGAACUGACCGCUGACUUCUCUCACUCUGACCUAGUCAGUUUACUCCUGUCUACAGGUUGUAUGGUGAGGACAGGGAGUGACUACAGUGAGAAUUCUGCCCCUAUCCUUGUUCUCAGUAACCUGGAGAGGGUCAAAAUGGCCCAGAUGUUUGGGAAGUUACUGGCCGCGGUAGAGCACCGGGGUCAGUACCACACCUUUAGCCUGGAUGGACAGGUGUCUGACCAGUACUUCCUGGUGGAUAAAUUCUACCUGAUAGCCACCAUGAACAAAUCAAGAUCCACAGGAUUAGAUCUGUCUAUCCAGCAGCGCUUUAGGUGGGUACACUUCCGGAUUGACUUGGAACCAAUCCGGAACUUCCUGGCCCGCUACUUCCUGAGGAAGUUCCUCCACGUGGGCGGGGGGCACCUGCCGUCUCCAGACAGCCUGGUGUUCCGUGCGGUGGAGUGGGUGCUGUGUGUCUGGCAGAGACUAAACGAUGGCCUAGGAAAGCUCGGGAUUCCCGAUGUCGUUUUCGGUCCCUGUCAGUUCCUUGACUGUCCAAUCGAAUCAAAGGACCCACAUGUUAUCCACGAGUGGAUCUGUGAGUUAUGGAACUGUAAGAUAGCCCCUGUAGUGAGGGAGGCGGUCAUUCGCGGGACCGGUAAGGAGACGUCCAGUGACGGCCAACAGAAGGUGGCCAACACGGCGCUCUACGUCCUGAUGCAGAAAGCUGUUGUCCCUGGCUGUCCCCUCAGUGGACAAGAGAAGGAUGUAUACUUGUUUUCGUUCUCGGGAAGCAAUGAGUUGGACAUCCCAAUGCGGGUGGACAAGUCCAAGAUCCCUGUCCCUAACGGCAAUCACCCGCGGCGGUCACUCGGCACCCCCAGGGAGUCCUCGCUGCGACACAAGCACAGGAAAUCAUUAGAUGAAAAGGAAUCAGAACUAUUGGGCCAGGGAAUAAAGAAACGUAGCAGUUCUGAGACAUCCAUCAAAAACUCCAUCGAGUAUGAGGGAUCACCAGCUCAUGCCAGCAACUUUUCAACUGCUAAAAUGCCGAAACUGGAAAUUCGCACCCCUUUUAUUUUCUCUCAGGAGACUCGACCAAGAUGGGAUGGGGAGAUGUCGGGUUAUCAGUCGGACACAACGGAACCCCCACUCAGAACAUUUUCUUUUUCUGCCAUACCAAAGAGUCCAGGGGUCACACUACACAACAGUGCAGGGGAUGUAGGUCAGUCUCAACCUACCAGAAGGUCAAGGUCAUCUGAAAACUUAUUGGAUGGUGGAGCAGACACAAAACCAAAAUCUCCAUUCUCAUUCUCACUAACCACGCCCACAUCUUUGCUUUCAUCAUUUAAAUUUCUAGAAACAAAAUCAAGAACAAACUCAUCACCUGCAGCUUCUGUGCAAAGCUUGAGGUCCCAGUCAGAGUCUUCUUCCUCUGAUGUGAAAAAAUCUGAACUACAGCAAACAUAUUCUACAAAUUCUAACAAUAGUCUCACAGGUCAUGGCAACAACAGCUAUGGCAACCAGAGGUCAUGGCCAGGGAAUAGACCACAGAGUGGUGAUAAGGCGGGACUGGAGUAUACACCACACAGACUGACUCAACCCAACAAGCUACAAACCUCUACAAGGGCCAGCCCACAACCCACACCAAACAGAGUGGCCCCGUCAAACCAUCUACAAACACACAACAGCGAUAAAGUGCAGCCAUCCUCUACCAGUUAUGUCAGCCCACAACCCACACAAAACAGAAUGGGCCAGCCUAACAAUCUACAAACACCCAACAGUUAUAAAGUGCAGCCAUCCCCCAACAGUUAUGUUAUUCAGGGACAGAAAGAAAAUGUGUAUGCACAGAAUCAGUCGGCUAGGGGAGAUAAUCAUAUUUCGUUUGGUGAUAAUUCAGAGGGAGAACAGUUUGUUAGGAGCUCAGAGGAACGGCAGAGUUUUACCAGGAAAACUGCAGACAAUCCUUUCCUCAGAAACUCUAAACUCAGGAAAAGUAUUGAAAAAAUCUUGCCAGACUCGCCAUUUAUUCGAGAUUCUGAGGGAAGGAAAAGUCUUGGAAAAUCUGAAAGUUCCUUUGGAAGAAAUUCAUCAACUCAGAAAAAUAUUGAGAAGACGACGGUAGAAAAUCCCUAUCUGAAAGACUCAGGUAGAUUGAUUGGCCAAAGAGGUGUCUAUCAAUAUCAGGAAAGAUACGUGGGAGGGGGAAUUGAUAAGGCAAAAGGAAAUCUGGAGAGUGAGUUAUAAACUAAUGCCAGCUGGAUGGUUCUGUGUAGAAAUCUGACAAGCUUUGUUGACUGUGAUAAGACUGUUUAUGUGUUGUGUUCUACAUGUUCAUGUUGUAAAAGUGAUUGUAUUUUAUAGACUCUGUCUUUUAUUAUCAUUUUAUUUGCUAUACAUAUACAUUGUGUAUUGAAAACAAUCUAUUUUCCUAGCAAGCACAUACAGUAUGUAAAAAUUAUUUCAUUGUACAUAAAUGAAUGUGCAUGUAAGGUGUGUUAGAAAUGUUCAAAUUUUUUUGUAAAGGUUUUAAGGAGGAAUAGGAAAAUAUGAGAUGUUGAUUUAAGUGGGAUGGAUGGUUGUGGCCAUAACUGUAUUUUGUCAUCUGAAUACUCUUGAGUACAUUGAGAAUUAGGAUAAAAAUGAACAAAAAUAACCCCAAAAAUCCAUGCGGUCUUAAAUUAUUACAAAAGUGAGGUACAUAUACACAUGUAGUUACAUUCCUCCUUCAUGAAAAUUUCUGUUCUGUUUUAACUAUCAGUAAAAGAACAAAUAACAUGAAAUUCUUCCAGUGUUUCUAAUGGCAUGUUUCAGUUAUAAAGUCAUAAACAUAUUUUUGUACAUGUACCUAUAUUUUUUUUAAUGCUUUUUGUUUUUAUUAGUCAGUUGUCUGAUUACUGGUAUGUUGAAGUCGUUUAUCAAGGAAUGUGAUUUUUGAGCUUUUAGGUGAGAUUUUAGAAAUUGUCUUAUAAUUGUUUGUGUUUCCAUAUUUGUGUUGUGUUCUGAGCCUUAAGCAUCAAAACUAUUCAUUAACUGGUAUAUACAUUUUACAUGUAAUUUUAAAAUGUGUUUUUUAUUGGUCCCCAUUACACAGUAUCUGGUAUGCUUUGGAAGGAUAGGAGUAGAGAGGAUUAAAUGCUAUGAUAGUUCUGUAGUAGCCCUUGUAAUAGGUUCCCAUGUUGUAAAGAGUGUAUACAUUACUUCCUAUUUUACUGAUACCACUGGUGUCUUAGGCUACAGUCUAUUUUCUUACGCAAGAACUCUACUUUCAAUUGUGCAUUCAAAUUAUGUUGGAAUGAAAGAAGGUAACUUUAAGUUUUACAGACCUUCAGAAGAUAUACAAAAUCUGAUUUUCAACAAUGUGCUUAAAAGAAUUAAUUCAUACAUGGUUUUGUUAAUACACGUUCGUUUUGAUCUGUCCAACUGUGUAGAGGGGGGAUAUAUUUCCAUUUUGUUAGUGUUAGUAUUUUUCUGUUGUUCCACUGUUAGUGUACACAUUUCUGUUACUUUGUUGCAGCUUUAAUAAAUAAUGGUGUAUUUUUCUACAAUGUUGAUGUUUUCAUCAGGUUGUGACUGUUAUCUGUAUUGUCUAUAUAUAAUGUUAUGUUUGUGCCAAGGGGAGGGGGAAUAAGAUCUGCAAUAAAACUAAACACCACUA